AUGGAAACCUUGGAGAAGAAAGGUCAGCAACAUGAGCUGAAUUUGCUAGACGCCAGGGUGGAGCUCUGUGAGCAUGCCUUCGGCUUGGCCUACAGCAAUUUGUCAAUGAUGAAACAGUCUUUGAUGCAAGCUCAUGUCAUGAAGACGAAGAAGCUGUGGGCAAACUAUCCAGUGUCUUUGCAAUUGGGAAUCUUGACCAGGCAUGCGCAGCAUUCGCUGGAGCAGAUGGUGCUGAGUAAGAAGAAGGAUUCCGAGAGCUGGAAAGAGCCAGCCCAGGAGUUUGUCACCUUCUUCUCUUUCGACGUCGCCGAGAUGCUCACAGCGGACCCCAGCAGCUGCGAGACCUCCUUUCAGGGCCAUGCCCCCACAUGGCAGACGGGCCUCAUGAAGAUGAUCUUGGCCGCAGGUGAGCUUGCAGAGGACAGCUUGUGCAGCAUCAAGCUUGAUGACGAGGAUGGUGCCAUGACCGCCGAAGCUGCCCAGGUGAAGACCGCAGAGCUGCAGAGCAUUGCUACGGACUGUUGCACUGUUGCCCUGGAGAUCACACUCGAAAAGGGUGGCUUCUUGAUUGUAAUGCAUUGGUAUCAGGUGCAGUAUAGGUACACUUGUGUUGUCAAUUUAGCAGCUACAGAGUGGUUUGUAAGCACAGAUUCAAAACCUGGAGAACAGGACUUUGCAAACAAGCUCCGGGGCCUGUUCACCCACUCGUCGUGGAGCGAGCUGCUCAACUUGCAAGAGAAGGCCACCGAUGUGCACAUCUACGUUUGCAAACACCUCUACAAGCACAUCGAUGCUAUGUCAAGUUUGUUUACGUCGUGGAUUGACACCCCACUCGUUCCCAUUGCGGAGGCUUUUGAGCAGGUUCUUGCCAUGGCCAAGGCGAUCCUGCACAUGCAUGCUUGGGACCCUGCGUCGGAAGCAGACACCGACAGCCUGAAACCGACAGUGCCAAGUGAUGUGUUCGACUUCCUCAGGUGCGACAAGCAGUUCGAGCGCAGCCUCAGCAAGACCUUGCAAGAUGGUUCGUGGAAGGCUGCGAUCGCAGACAUCGCCAAAACGGCGGGCUCGCGUCCUUUGGUGCAGGCUCAGUGGCGAGAGCUGAACGACCUGCUUGAGGAGAUGACUCCGGAGGGGGCCACCGCCCAGCAUCUCUCACGCAUCGCCGAGCUGUUUGAGACGGUGAGCAAGGGCAUGCGUGAGAGGGAGAUGCACCACGUCUCAAGCAAGUGUAAGGACUUGGUGGUCGGUGUUGCUCGGCAUCUCAUGCAAAGCCAGCCUGUUGCGGUGGACAUGAGCCAGCUGUCCAAGCAGGCCGAUGUGGUGACGUCCUUGCUGCGAAGAUUCGGUCAGGAGCCGGAAAUCCCAACACUCCUCGAUGACUUUGCUGCCUGGCUGCAGGGCAGUGCCUCGCAGCGACAGCUGUCGACGUUGAUCAGUGCCAUGGAGGAGUGUGCCCGUGGCAGCAUUGACUUCAAGAACAUCAAGCAGCUGGUGCCAGGUGUGGGCAAGGACCAGUCAUACACCGUGCCAGCGGACCAGGCGGCCAAGUUUCGCCAGGCAGCUUGCAAUUUCAUCUUCAAGAGCCUGCUGACGGUGAACAGCCCGGCAGCGGAUGACGCUGCGUGCACCCAGCGUGCUGCCGAUGUCCGGCUGAACCUUGCUAUCGUGAACGCUGUCGCCAAGCUUGUGAAGGACUUCAUCAGUGAAAGCGGCCCUGCCCGGGAUGCUUUCAAUGCCUACAUAAAUGCGUGCAUCAGCCUGUCUUUGGCAGCGGUUUUCCAUGCCAAGGAGAUCAACCUUUUGGAGAAUCUCGGGCCAGAUGCCGAGACCCGCAACACCGAGGAUGUGAAUGCCAAGAGGCUGCGCCAGACAAAAUCUGCCAAGAUGAAGUGUGAGGCUUCAGAGACGACUUGUGUGGCAGCCCAGUCGAAGUUGCAGCCCUUGGUGGAGGCCGAGGAUGGCAGCUCCCUACACGACCUGGUUACCUUCAAGCUUGGGGAGUAUUUCCACUACUGCAACCACGAGGUGUACAAGGAUUGUGUGUUGCAUUUGUUGUCAGUGUCGGAACGAGACUUGGCAGUGUUGUCGAGCUCAGUGCUCGACAAGUGCCGUGACCGUCACGAGGGCGGCAAGGAGUGGUGGAGGCGAGACUUGCCAAAGGAUGCGGGCGUGAAUGAUGUGCUUCAGGUCGCAGCCGUCAACAUCAAGGGCAUUGAUGGAAACCUGUUAAAGAAGGAUCUCGAGACCGUGGCCAAGGACCUACUUGGGGUUGUCAGCGAGUUUGGAGGGCUUGUCGGCUAG